AUGUUAAGCACCUCCCCGCCUGGGGAAAGCUUCGUGGGUGACAAUGCGGGGCCCCGCGAUGGCGUUGUGCAAUCGGUUACGGACAGAGUAGUUCAGGUAUAUUGGUUUAGACGGCAUGCACUUAAAGUUUUUAAAGUAUGCUGGUUGGUGCCUGGAUGCAAUAAGCACGCGACCAAGCCUGGACCGGUUUCCGUCGGUAGUGUCAAGCCGACUGUGUCCGUGCUUCAAGCUUUGUCCAGUGACUGUUGGACCGCCAUUCCAAAGACCCUUACCCACGCUGCCGCGAAUAUCGGGAAGAAGAAAAGAUGA